AUGUUUCGUCAUUCGCCAUUAGAAAAUUGUACUGAAUUUUUUCGAACAAUAGUAGAUCUAUUUUCAUUGAACUCGUCAAGAAUAGAAAACAUAACAAUCUUACAAGAAAGAAUAACGUCAUUAAAAUUAAUUAAUUUGUGUAUAUACGUUGAUAUAAAAAGUCUACGAAAACUUAAAAGUCUUCGUCGUAUAUUUUUUCAAAAUUGUACUAUUCAUUUUAUGAUUAGUCAGCAACGAGAAGAUUAUGAUUUGUAUCCAAAGAAUUUAUCACGAUGGUCAUUUAAUAACGGCCAAACAGAUUCAUUCAAUCAAUUCAUUACGAUGAUUAAUCAACUAGGUCCUCUGAAAUUUGAUUUAAAAUUAUCUAAUUGUUUUAAACCAAUAUAUUUCUUUAAUGAUUUCAUUCCACUUGAUACACAAUUAAUUUCUCUUGAUAUAACAUGUGAACAUUUUCAAAUCGAUGAACCAUCUCAUACGAAAACAAGUACUGCAAUUUUUCUUACACCAACCAUAAUUAUUAAUACACAAUCAAGUUCUUGUCCAUUGAAUCAUAAAUAUAAUUGGCUAAGUUUGAAACGUAAUCAUACAUCUCUAUAUUCAUUACGAACAUUGAUAUGUGAAGAUCGUCUUAUUGAACUUCAUUUUAAUAUCAAUCCAACAACAAUUCAAAAUAUAAAAGUUAUUUUUUCAACUCAUAGAACAUCUACUCAAUUGACAACUACGACGCUAAAAUGGACUGCAUCAAUAAUAAUUAAUUUUUCUGUUGCUCUUGUAUCAAUUAUUACGUUAUGUAUUGCAUUUACUAUUUUUUGUAUUCGUAUUGCAAUUAAAAAAUCAAAUCAGUGA